GAGCGGAGCCUCGGCUUGGGGACCCCCAUCCUUGGCUGUCCCCUAACUGCGCGUCUCCACCCCACCCCCGCAGCCGAGCUGUUGCGGUGGUCUCGGAUCGGCGGAGGAACCUUGAGCAGUGGCUGGCCCCACUCCACAGCCUCCUUGCAUCUCGGAAUUCAGGGCGUCCCCCUCCCCCACCUCUCCCCGCCUCUUUGCACCCCGCUUUUUUCUUCGUUUCUCUCUGGUUUUAUAGCCGUCUAUUUUUGCACCUUUUUACGUUUUGCUUCUAAGCUAUUUGGGGGUGAAGCUGGAUUCGUACCCCUAUCCCUUUUUUAUCCUUCCUUGCUCUGACAGCCCCCCUUUUCAUUGCAGUCGGGGGGCCUAGGAUCCGUGCAUCCUCCGCGGCGCUGCCAGCACCCUGCAGCGCGUGGCUGUGCACCUGGGAAUUUGCAGCAGCCGCAUAUCUGAGAGGGUCUCCCUCUCUCCCACCGCCUUUGCUCUGCGCGCGUUCUGGUGCGUGGGGGUCUUCAGCGCGCGGCGCUCCGGCUUCUCCGCAGCCCCCCGCCCCGCGCCAGGACUCGCCCCGCACUGUCAAGAUGGUUAUCCGGAAAGAGAAGAAGAGCUGCGGGCAGGUGGUUGAGGAGUGGAAGGAGUUCGUGUGGAACCCGAGAACGCACCAGUUUAUGGGCCGCACCGGGACCAGCUGGGCCUUUAUCCUUCUCUUCUACCUCGUCUUCUAUGGCUUCCUCACAGCCAUGUUCACCCUCACAAUGUGGGUGAUGCUACAGACUGUUUCUGACCAUACUCCCAAGUACCAGGACCGACUAGCCACACCGGGCUUGAUGAUUCGCCCCAAGACUGAGAACCUUGAUGUCAUUGUCAACAUCAGUGACACUGAAAGCUGGGAUCAGCAUGUUCAGAAACUCAACAAGUUCUUGGAGCCUUAUAAUGACUCAAUCCAAGCCCAAAAGAAUGACAUCUGCCGCCCUGGACGUUAUUAUGAACAGCCUGAUAAUGGAGUCCUCAACUACCCGAAACGUGCCUGCCAAUUCAACCGGACCCAGCUGGGUGACUGCUCUGGCAUUGGAGACCCCACUCACUAUGGUUACAGCACUGGGCAGCCCUGUGUCUUCAUCAAGAUGAACCGGGUCAUCAACUUCUAUGCAGGAGCAAACCAGAGCAUGAAUGUUACGUGUGCAGGGAAGCGAGAGGAAGAUGCUGAGAACCUCGGCAGCUUUGUGAUGUUCCCUGCCAAUGGCAACAUCGACCUCAUGUACUUCCCAUACUAUGGCAAAAAGUUCCACGUGAACUACACGCAGCCCUUGGUGGCUGUGAAGUUCCUGAAUGUGACCCCCAAUGUGGAGGUGAACGUGGAAUGCCGCAUCAACGCUGCCAACAUCGCCACAGACGAUGAGCGAGACAAGUUCGCUGGCCGCGUGGCCUUCAAACUCCGCAUCAACAAAACCUGAGGCCCCUUCCUUCCACCCCUACCUCUCUCCCGUGGAUGCUUCUGGAAUGUCCCUGACCCUGCCUGAUCCCUCCCUCACCCACCCCAAAGGUAUUUUUUAUAACAGAGCUAUGACUUAUCUAAGUCUCGCCCCUUUUCCCUCACUUCCCAGUCCAGCCCAGUGUCCAUUGUGAUUCCCUGGCUACACACGUGUUCCAGCCUGUUCUCCCAAAUCUAGCUCCGUCAGAUGGCCACAGAGGAGUUAGAAGCCUUUCUCAUUCUGGCUUAGCUGUGAGUGGAAUGUCCUCACAGCUACCCACCUCUCCUGACCUCCUAUUCCCAGAGAGCUGUGAAAAUGCCCAACCUUUGGCUUCCCAGAGAUGAAUGUAGUAUCCGUACUUCCAUUCCUAAGCUUCAGCCUCUGUUGCCUUUCUGUUCCCUCACACUUUCACCCUUACCUACACAGUGGCUAUCUUGAUGGCUUCUGACUUAACUAGCUCCUCUGGCAGGUCUUCGCUUCCUCUCCCUCCGUAUUCCCUUCCCUGAAAAGAAACCAUUUUUAAUUGAGGACAAGGUGGUUCUGUGGCCUUUUCCCUAUUUCCUCACAUAUUCCUCUUCUGCUUCUCACCCUGUGGUGACUGCAUGAGCUGGGAAAUGAGGUUUUCUCCCACGGGAGAGAAUGGAAGAGAAGGCUGAGUUGAUUCUUCUGGAACAUCCUCUAGUGGUCCCCCACUCCAAUUCCUUCUUGAUCCUUCCCAUCCCCCAUUUAGCCACUACUCAGAGGGGUGGAGUUGAUCUAGGCUGAAUAUUCACUUUGUUUCUACCAAUGUCUCCCUUCCCCCUGUUAGCUUUCCCAGAAUAUCCUUCAAGUUCUACUUCCCAGGGAGCGCUGGGGGAGGGGCAGCCAUUUUGGCUCUGUCCCCGGUGGCCACCUUGGAAACAUCAGCUGGCUAUGGGACUAUUCCACCUUCUUCCCCUGGGCCCAGCUCUGCCUCCACCACCCUCUCUCUGGCUUCUCUUAGCCAGUUACCAAUGAAUCACUAACUCCGUCUCUUUCCUCUGCAUGCCAGCCUGAAAGUUUCAAACACCCACCCGAUGGAGGCUCUGAAUUUCUUGGCUCCAUCUCCAUUUCUUUCAGACCCCUCUGCCAUUUUUUUUCAAAACCCCAGGAUGCCCAUAGAAUGUUAAAUGAGGGGCCUUCCUGCUCGGAGUAUGCUUUAGUUAUAGAGGCAUUUUAACUCUUUCUCCUCCGGUUUCCCUUCACGUCCUCACCCUCUCUUCCCUCCCUUUUAAAAUGCUGCAGCAGCCCCCCACCCUGUCCCCAGAGACCCUGCCCUUUUCUCUCUUGCCGGCUCUGUGUCUUUUCCCUUUGGGCCCCCCAGUUUUCCUGCUCCCUUUCCCCCCAGGAGUCUCUCUCUGCAGUUAUUUAAUGCCUGUGUCAGAUCUACUGUAAAAAGAGGAUAAAGUACAAUAAAAUGAGAGCAAUUAUAUAUAUAAAUAUAUAUCAUACACAGAGCCCUGCGUGCGGGUUGUUCCUUUCCCAGCACUUGGAAGAGCCCUGGGAAGGGGGUGGGUGGUGGAUUUGGCUGAUCCUGGUUUUUUUUCCUUUGGGGGUUACUCAGGUCUUGGGGAUGACUCCCCACCCUUGAUCUCUUCCUUCCAGAGUCUAGGUAGCUACCCCUUAGCUUACUCCUUUGAUUAUACUAAUUUAAUGCCUACCAUCUUGAGAUCGGAAACCCUGGUGGUGUAGUGGUUAAGUGCUACCUAUGGCUGCUAACCAAGAAGUCAGCAGUUCGAAUCUGUCAGGCGCUUCUUGGAAACUCCAUCGUGCAGUUCUACUCUGUCCUAUAGGGUCACUAUGAGUCGGAAUCGACUCGACAGCAGUGGGUUUGGUUUGGUUUUUGGGUAUCUUGAGAUCAGGAAACCCUGGUGGCAUAGUGAUUAAGAACUAUGGCUACUAACCAAAAGGUUAGCAGUUUGAAUCCACCAGGCGAUCCUUGGAAACUCUAUAGGACAGUUCUACUCUGACCUAUAGGGUCGCUAUGAGCCAGAAUCAACUCGACAACAACGGGUUUGGUUUUGGUUUUUUGGUAUGUUGAGAUCAAGGAGCCCUGGUGGCGCAAUGGUUAAGUGCUCAGUUGCUAACCGAAAGGUUGGAGGUUCAAACCCACCAGUUGCUGCACUGGAGAAAAGGCCUGGUGAUUUACUCCUAUAAAGAUUACAGCCUAGGAAACCCUAUGGGGCAGUCCUACUUGGCUCUAUAGGGUCACUGUGAGUCAGAAUUGACUUGAUGGCCACACAACAGCAACAAUAUCUUGAGAUCAGGAGUCCCUGGGCCCCACAAAUGGUUAAUCAAUCAGCUACUGACUAAAAGUUUGGGGUUCGAAUCUACCCAGAGGUGACUUGGAAGAAAGUCCUAGCAAUCUACUUCCAAAUGGUCACAGCCAUUGAAAACCUAUGGAGCGCAGUUCUACUCUGAAACACAUAGAGUCACCGUGAGUCGGCAUCAGAAUUUUUUUUUUUAAAUCUUGAGAUCGCUCAAUAUGGGAGAGGCAGAAGGCCUGCAUUUGUUUGUACAUGUACAGUCAUGCUUAUAAAAUGCCUACUAUGUGCAUUCUAGGCACCAGGAGGAUACACUUAUGAAAGAGACAGAGUUCGUGCCCUCAAGGAGCUCCCAGUUUAACAGGAGAGGUGAGGAGCACACAGAAACUCUCAUACAAGGUAGAUUUACACCUGCUUCAAGAAAGGGGGAGAAAGCUGUAGAUGACAAAAUUGAGAGUGGUCAGCCAGUUUCUGUUGGGGGUUCAAGGGGAAGACUUCUUAGAGGAGGUAGCAUUUAAAUUGGGGUUUAAAGGAUGGGGUGGUUUCGGGAGAGAAGAGCGUCAGCAAAAGCCUAGAGACAGAUGAGAAAACUUGAAGUAACAUAGCAAUGUGAAAUGUAGGAUCCUGAUUUGGUGGUAAAAAAAAGUACACACACACACACACACACAGAAAAAAGGAUGGAUGGGUAUAUACCGCGAUGUUUAUUUGUUUAUGGGGGAAGAGGAUGUAUAGCUAAUUUUUAUUUUCUUCUUGGGGCUUUUUUCUUUUUUAAUUUUUAUUGUGCUUUAAGUGAAAGUUUACAAAUCAAGUCAGUCGCUCAUACAAAAAUUUGUAUACACCUUGCUAUAUACUCCUAGUUGCUCUCCCUCUAAUGAGACAGCACACUCCUUCUCUCCACCCUGUAUUCUCAUGUCCAUUCAAUCAGCUUCUGUCCCCAUCUGCCUUCUCAUUUCCCCUCCACACAGCAGCUGCCCAUAUAGUCUCUCGUGUCUACUUGAUCCAAGAAGCUUACUCCUCACCAGUAUCAUUUUCUAUCUUAUAGUUCAGUCUAAUCCCUGUCUGAAGAGUUGGCUUUGGGAAUGGUUCCAGCCCUGGGCCAACAGAAGGUCCAGAGACCAUGACCUCUGGGGUCCUUCUAGCCUCUGUCAGACCAUUAAGUCUGGUCUUUUUAUGAUUCUUGAGGCUUAUUUCUCUUUUUUGCAAUGAGUUUGUCUUAGAAUUUGUCUUAAAACAGUUGUAUUAUAUAUGCAUACAUAUAUAUACAAUUUUACCACAAAUGCAACAUACACACACCCCACCAUACACAUAAGGAUCAUUGUUUUUUGGUCAUUGUUAUACCAAAAUUUGAUAUUAUACACUUUUGUGCAUCAUGCUUUUCUCAAUAAUUUCUUGUGCAAGUACUUUACCUGAUAGAGCUCUAUUUCGUUUCUUUAAUGACUAUAUAAUAUUCCAUUUACCCGUUGUUAUUCCCGUCUCGUUAAUUCGUUAGAGCUCCUUGACAAUGGUAGAACUGUUUUCUGCAUUGCACAGUUUCCCCCAUGCUGUUGUUUGCCUCUUGAUUUUGCCAUUUAAAAAGCCUUUGUUUUCAUAUAGUCGAAUACACUUAGUUGUUCUUUUGUAGUCUCUGGAUUUCUGGUCUGGAUCGGAAGAUCCUCUUAGUCACUAGGAUAUACUCUUAUUUUCUAGACUUUUUUGCAGGAUUUAAAUUUCAUUUUAAUUUUUUUAACAGACUUUAUCUGCCUUAUUUUUUGAUGUGGUGUAAACUGGGGAUACAAUUUUAUUUUUCCAGUUGUGCUAGCUUCAUUUAUUUAAAAAAAAAUUAUUCCUGCUGAAACUGAAAUGCCAACUUUGUCCAUAAAUAAAUUCUCCUAUAUACUAAAAUCUAUUUCUGGAUUCAUUCCUUGCUUUUCCCAGUUUGUCUACCAUUCUGCUCCACAUACCAAGCCAUAUUGAUCUGAUCCCAGUAGUUUUAUAGUAGGUUUUCUGAUAUCUAGCAAAGCAGGUAGGGUCACCGAUUCUUUUUCUAAACAAUUAUUGGUUAUUCUUGGGCAUUUAUUCUUCUCUAUAAAAUGUAUUAUGAUUUUAUCCAAUUUAUAAACACAAAAACACCAAAGCUUGUUCGAUUCUAAUGGGAACUGCAUUAUAUUUAUAUAUUUAGUUCAGGAAAAUUGACUUUUUUAGGAUAUGAAGUUUUCGCAUCUGAGAACACAAUCUUUCCUUUUGUUUGGAUCUUGGCUUACGUCCUUAAAUAAGGUUUUACAGUUUUCUUUGUAUAGAUUAUGUA